AUGUUUCUCGGCACGUCAAUACGAGCAGCUUCGCUCAGCAGACUGUCCGAGACUAAAGGCGGGAUUACUUGCACAUGGGCCGUUCAGGUUACUUUCUCUCGUGUAAUUCAUUUUCUCAGUGUCGCUGUGGUGAUCCGAUCCGCUGGCCAUGUUGUCUCCCGGAGAGAAUCAUACGCCAUGUCCAUCAUCCAGCAGCACACGAGCGCCUCGCUCAGCGACGCCUGGCGCACAAUCAACAUUGACGCCCUGACCGAGGACUCGAGCUACAACUUUGACACCUCGACCCUGCACCCCCCGCAGCCCGAGAUCACCGAGGCCGACGUGCGCGGACUGUCCGGCCAGGUCAGGCAGCUGCUGCGCGGCGGCGAUGCCGAGGGAGCUCUCCGCGGGUGCCUCGAGACGCCAGUAUACAACGGAACCGACGCAGCCAAGGAUGCCCACCUCCAAACCAUUAUCGAAGUGCUACAGUCCAUCAAGGCCAGCGACAUGACGCCGCUGCUGAAGCGCAUCUACGAGUCUCCCGGCGGCAGCGAUUGCCUCGACGUUCUGAUGAAGUACAUCUACAAGGCAAUGGCGGGAUCGCAUAGCGGACGCGGAUCCAAAGUCACCCCCCAGCCUACCGGCGGCUUCAGCCAGGUCGGCGGCCGUCCCGGCGCGGCCAAUGAGUCGGCGUCAUCUGGCAUGAGCGUCAUGCUUAGCUGGCACGAGAAGCUCGUCGAGGUGGCCGGCCUGGGAUGCAUCGGCAGAACAAUGACCGACUGGCGCCGAGUAUAA